UCGGAAUCGGACGCCGAGCCGAUAUUUCCAAUCUGGUAACAGAUCACGUUACACGACGCGAAGAGUGAAAAUCCAUUUCCGGUUUGCCAUGUUCUCUCUUGUCCUCUCAGCAUCACGGCGAAGAUGCCUCAACGCGCCUCGGAACUUUGGUUCUUCAGCACGACAGCUCACAGACAAACCAAAGACAACCGAUAGCUCUAACCGUCCAAAAGGCAGGAAAACCAAGAAAGCGGUUGAUAAGGUUCAUGAAAAGGAAAAGUACCUUGCUCGUUGGGAUGCAGAAAUGAAGGCGCAGCGAACGUGGAAUACGACCAUCAUCCGAGGAACUGAUGCAAUAUACGACACGCUUGUUGAUCUCCUGUCAUCGCUCACCACCUACAACCCCUUCAUGUUCCACCCUUCCUCACGCAUACGAGACAGCAGGCAGUCGCAUCGUAAAACCCUUCCCAAUUGGCUAUCACCAAAGGUCUUCGUGCCCCCCGUUGAAAAAGUCUCACCGAUUCGGGACGACAUUGAACUGAUAGCCCAAAUUACGGGACGUCCGUGGGUUGAUGUCUGGAACAGCCGGUGCCAUGGAUCUGCCCCGACGCAUAGCCUGGAUGAGUUCGUACGAUAUGCGGAACAAAAUCCAGAUGCCGUGAUAUAUCCUAUCUUGAUUGUGCGGGAGGAAAAGGUUGUUAGUGGUAUGCACAAGAUACUAAGGACGAUCAGGGAAUGGAAGCAGGACGCUGAGAAGAGGGAGAGGCAUGAACUCGAAAGGCUGAAGACACAUGAGACUGAGGUGGCGGAGAAAGAAGUGGAACUGAGAACGAAACUGUACCGCCAGGUGUAUGGUCCCGGAACGACAUUUUACCGGGACAUUGGGGAGAAGGUUCUGGCCAGGGAGAAGCGGAAGGAGAGAGAGAAGGAGAAGAAUGCUGGAUUGUUCAAAGCUGCGAUUCUCAGGCGCCAGAUGAGAGCGUAAGGUAGAUAAUGAAUACUUGCUAAUUACUUCCGUCCAACCUGGAAUACCGCCAUUUCCUGCCUUUGUUUUCUUUUAUCUUCAGUCAUUUUACGCCGUUCCUUCCGCAACGUCUCGUAGGGAUGAUAUACUUUUCUCCACAUCUCCUCCCUAAAAUUCACUUCUCGCUGCAGACCUUCCCCGGUGCUCACACUUAUACGUAACGCGUCGCGUAGCGUCUUACG